AUUCUUUGUUCUUAUCAACUGCACACCCACCUGCGCAAGGACAAUACAAUCAAUGGCAUUUUCGACACAAAUGGAGUUUUUCCAUGUUCCAUUCAUGCAUGAAGAGCCAGAAUACAAAUGUAAAACCGCCUGUGUACAACUAAAGAGCUACGACUCUUGCAAGGAUAACCGUUCAUGGUCGCGUGAUAAAAGAAAAAGGUCGCAAUUUCUUUCGGAUUUGGUAACAUGUCAGUUGCCGAUGGAAGAUGUAGAAACUAACAAAGAGGUUAUGGCCGCUGAUAUGAGCAGCGCUGUAUAUAAAAGUGCUGAUACUCCUUCCAGAACUAAUGUUGGUAAUCCACAAUCUCGUAGUGUUAUGGCUAAAACUGCUGGUGAUGCCAAUAUGCCAUCCCGUAGUGUUAUGACUAAUGCUAAGCUACCCUUAUCCCAACAUAAUGUUGGGGACUCAACUCCCCUAAAACCAACGAAGUCUGAAACUAUCGAUGAAAUAUCUACAGCAACAGUUACUAGAACAGAUCAGGAAAUAAGCCAAUUAAAUGCAAUAACCAUUGGUGGCGAUAGUUUAUUGGAAUGCGCAAAUGCACAUCUAACAGAUUAUCAAAAACUGCUUAACUUAAACACAUCACUGGAAAUGCAAUUGGCCAUUUCUGAUGAGCGCCUUAAAAUCGCAGACGAAGAAAACCAUAACAUCAAAGAAAUGCUCACCUCAAAGUUGGACCACAAUAUGAGCAAGGAUUUCUUUAAUAAAAUUCAAAAACUUAUCACCAAUGGAAAACUAACAAAGAACGAAGAAAAUGAAUUUUUGCAAAUAUGUAAAAAAAUGGAAAAUAUGCAAAGAACCUAUGACGUUGUAAGAGCUGAAAAUAAUUAUGUCAAACGUUUGGUGGAAAAGCUCUCCGCUCGCGUCACCAUGGAACAACUACAAAUUGACAAUGAAACAUCCACAGAUGUAAAAUACUUACAAAAUAAAAUCAAUACUUUGCGCAAGGAAUGUCUUAUGCUAAGGACCAUUGAAGACGAUUACCACAAAGCCAAACAAGCGAAUCAAACAGCCGGCAAUCCUGCUGAGCAAGACAUAGAAAAUAUCAAACAAAUUAUAAAAGAACGAAAUGUUUUACGUGAAAAAUGCAAUUCACUAAAGAAUUUGGAGCAAACUGUGGCCACUUUAAAGGACAAAAACAAACAGUUACAUUCUGCCAAUAGUGUAUUGCACAACGAUUUGGCCCAACAAUACAGCUGCAUUAGGAGCAAGGAAUGGGAUAUGCAUAACAUGCAGAAGGACUAUGAACAAAAAUUGGAGAAAGCAUAUCAUGAGAAGCAAUGCCUAAGGGCCCAACUAAAAGAUCUUAAUGAUGAAAUAGUAAAAUUGAAAUGUCAAACGCUAAAGACUGAAAUGGUGCGCAAGGAAAAUGCUUGUCUUCGCAAUGAGAUUUCAAAACGUGACACAAUGUUGUGUGAAUAUGAUUGUCAAUAUAAACAAUUGAUGAAUGUUGUUGAAGAACUUCGAGGAAUGAAAUUACAAAACAAUCACACCCCGACUGGUAAUGAUCAAGUGGACGAUUUAGCAUUUUUCACAUGUGCAACUCUUGAGGAAAUCAUGAAGGAGAUGAAAAAUAAAGGAUGCGUCCAAAAAGAAAUAAAUUCGGAAUAUAACGUUAAUGGUGUAAAAUCUGAGUCCAAAGAUGAAAUCAUUUGCAAUAGGUGCUCCGAAACCUUGAAGCGAUUGCAAGAAUUGGAAGGAGAAAAGAAAAGCUUAGAAAAUGAAAAUUAUCGCAUUCAAGACCUAAUAAAAGAGGGUGAGAAAAAAAUGGUAAAUAUGCUGAAUAAAAUCGAGCAUUUGGAUGGCGCCAUAAAUGAAAAUGCCGACGAAUUGAAAAAAUCCUCAUAUGAAAUGACCGAAGCUAAGAGACUUGUUGAAGACAUCAGUAGCAUUCACAUUCAAAAUCAGCAAUUGGUCAAUGCUGUUGGCGCCAUCAAUUCACGGGACGAUGAGAAGAUCAUCGAUGAUCUACGGCGCCAAUUGGAAGAGGAGACACUUAAAUUGACGCAAUGUAAGCAGGAAAAUCUGAGCCUGGCAAAACUGGCUUCAGAUCGUGAAAAUGAAUUGAAAUCUCUCAAAGAGCUCAAUAACAAAUUGCAAAAGGACAUCGCCAGUCUACAAUAUGGCACAGAAAAUAAAGCAACUGAGAAUUUUAAGAAAUCUAAUGAAAAUGUUGAGAAUAAUUAUGACGAUAAACAGCAUACCAACUCUAAGAAUAAGAAGGAUAAAAAACUAAUAAAUUAUAAACCAAUAUCGGAGGAUGACUCGAAAACAUCAACUAUAGACAUUGCAGCAUUUGUUGUUAAAAGUGCCGAAAAAUUAAAAACUAACUUUUCAAAUGGUGGCGGUUUUGAAAAGGAGUUAUCAAAACUUUUUAAAGAAUUUAUACUGGAAUAUAGUGCCUGCAGAGAUCGAUCUUGCUGUUGCUCACGCCAGAUUAAUUACAAAAGUAAAUUAUCCAAAAUUUGUCAUAAAUUAUACCACAGCGGUCUGAAGUCACUGUCAUUCAUUGAAUUGGCCUAUAUGCAUAAAAAAAUUUAUAUGCAAGCAGAAGUGGAAAAGCCCGGUUUCUUGUUACAUAUGCUAUUAAAGGAUAACCUUCAAGACAUACUUGGAAUUUUGAAUAUUACACCGGAGCAAUUGUCACAUUCGAUGGCUGGUCAAGUAGAAUUGAAAUCAAAUAAAAUAAUGCAACGAUGUUGUUCAUGUAAGCAGGAAUUGUGCUGUACUAAAUCGGAAGAAAUGCUCAAAGAAGAAGUUCACAAACUAUCACGGGACGUCGAAAGCGUUCAAAUAUUGCUGGAGUCUUUGAAACAGCUGCCAUAUACAUCGGAAGGUGACUUCAUUGGGACAGCAGAUAACAACGAUUCCACUUACCGUGCAAUUACUCCUGUCCAAAAAAUGAGUACCAAGCAUUUCAAAAAACUGAAAACGCCGGUCAAUGAACAUCCCGAUAUUUAUAAUGUUUAAUGUAUAUGUAAAUUCUGUUAAGUGUAUCUCCCAUACACGUUUUAUUUUGAAAUAUCGUUCACUUAAUAUACACUCUAGCCACUGGUUUUUAAGUACUUUUGAUUUAAAUCGCCAAUUUGGUAAAUGGACUUUCCCACUUGACAAAAAGUUAUGUGAAGAGUCCAUGGAAUUGAAAAACAAACUUACCUAAUAACGAUGGUUAUAGUGUGUAUUUGGUUUUUGAACAAGAAACAACAUAUAUUUGUAUACAUUUAUAUAUAUAUGGAUAUGAAAUGUUAUUAUUUUUCUUAUAUUUUGUAAUAAAAAAAGCGAAAAAUCAUA